AUGAAGACGGCCUUAAAACAUCGUCGAAAUGAUUGGCUCACGCCAGUCAAGAUGAGAGAGGAAGAAGCAGAAUCAAGCUCCUGCCUUCUCUCUCUCUUUCUUUCGUUCUUUCUUUCUUUCUUUCUUUCUUUGUCCGCCCAUCCACACUUCCUUCCGCCAAGUUACAUAUGGACAGACCGGGCUACAGAGUUAAAUACUUGCCCGUUCCUGUCACUCUUCUUACAUCUCUCUGUCUGCUUUCGCUUUCACAUAUCUUUCAUUUUUUUUUCCGUUCUUCUCUUUUUGAAUUUGAUUCUCUUCGUGAAAAAUUGUUUCUUUAACGAAUUUUUCUUUCUAUUAUGUUGGUUUUUUUUCUUUCUUUUUUUCUUUCUUUUUUUCUUUCUUUUUUUAUUUGUUUCUUUUCUUUCUUUUUUCGUUCUUUGUUUUAUAACACGGUUGCAUUCACUUCUUUUUCUCGUCUAUUUUCUUUCUUUCUUUCUUCCUUCCUUCUUUCCUUCCUUCUUUAUUCCUGCCGCCUUUCUUUCUUUCUUUCUUUCUUUCUUUCUUUCUUUCUUUCUUUCUUUCUUUCUUUCUUUCUUUCUUCCUUCUUUCCUUUCUUUCUUUAUUCCUUUCUAUCUUUAUAUCUGCAGCCUUUUUCUUUCUUUCUUUUUUCCUUCUUUCUUUCUUUCUUUCUUUCUUUCUUUCUUCAUUUUAGUUUUAUUCUUUCUUUCUCCCGCCUUUCUUCCUUCUUUAUUUCUUUAUUCCUGCCACCUUUCUUUCUUUCUUUCUUUCUUUCUUUCUUUCUUUCUUUCUUUCUUUCUUUCUUUCUUCCACCUUCCUUCCUUCCUUCCUUCCUUCCUUCCUUUCUUUCUUUAUUUCUUUCUUUCUUUAUGUCUGUCGCCUUUUUCUUUCUUUCUUUCUUUCUUUCUUUCUUUCUUUCUUUCUUUCUUUCUUUCUUUCUUUCUUCCUUCUUUCCUUUCUUUCUUUAUUUCUGCCGCCUUUUUCUUUCUUUCUUUCUUUCUUUCUUUUCUUUCUUCUUUUCUUUCUUUCUUUCUUUCUUUCUUUCUACCCCAUUGUUCCUCCUUUCCUUCCUUCCUUCCUUCCUUCCUUCCUUCCUUCCUUCCUUCCUUCAUUCUUUCCUUUCUUUCUUUCUUUCUUUCUUUCUUUAUUCCUUCUUUUUUCUUUCUUCCACCUUACUUCCUUCCUUCCUUCUUUCCUUCCUUCUUUAUUUCUGCCGCCUUUCUUCUUUCUUUCAUUCUUUCUUCCCCCUUCCUUCCUUCCUUCUUUCCUUCCUUUUUUAUUUCUGCCGCCUUUCUUCUUUCUUUCUUUUCUUUUUUUCUUUCCCCUUUCUUCCUUCUUUUUUUACUUUCUUUCUUUAUUUCUUUCUAUCUUUAUUUCUGCCGCCUUUUUCUUUCUUUCUUUCAGUUUUAUUCUUUCUUUCUUCCCCCUUUCUUCCUUCUUAUUUCUUUAUUCCUGCAACCAUUCUUCUUUCUUUCUUUCUUUCUUCCCCCUUCCUUCCUUCCUUCCUUCCUUCCUUCCUUCCUUCCUUCCGUUCUUUAUUUCUGCCGCCUUUUUCUUUCUUUCUUUCUUUCUUUCUUUCUUUCUUUCUUUCUUUCUACCCCAUUGUUCCUCCUUUCCUUCCUCCUUCCUUCCUCCUUCCUUCCUUCCUUCCUUUCUUUCUUUCUUUCAUCUUUAUUCCUUCUUUUUUCUUUCUUCCACCUUCCUUCCUUCCUACCUUCUUUCCUUCCUUCUUUAUUUCUGCCGCCUUUCUUCUUUCUUUCUUUUCUUUCUUUCUUUCUUUCUUUCUUUCUUUCUUUCUUUCUUUCUUUCUUUCUCCUUUCUUCCUUCCUUCUUUACUUUCUUUCUUUCUUUCUAUCUUUAUUUCUGCCGCCUUUUCUUUCUUUCUUUCUUUCUUUCUUUCUUUCUUUCAGUUUUAUUCUUUCUUUCUUCCCCCUUUCUUCCUUCUUACUUCUUUAUUCCUGCCACCAUUCUUCUUUUUUUCUUUCUUUCUUUCUUUCUUUCUUUCUUUCUUUCUUUCUUCCCCCUUCCUUCCUUCCUUCUUUCCUUCCUUCCUUCCUUCCUUUAUUUCUUCUUUUCUUUAUUUCUGCCGCCUUUUUCUUUCUUUCUUUCUUUCUUUCUUUCUUUCUUUCUUUCUUUCUUUCUUUCUUUCUUUCUCCUUCCUUCCGUCUUUAUUUCCUUCCUUCCUUUCUUUCUUCCUUCUUUCCUUCCUUCUUUCCUUUCUUUCUUUCUUUCUUUCUUUAUUUCUGCCGCCUUUUUCUUUCUUUCUUUCUUUCUUUCAGUUUUAUUCUUUCUUUCUACACCAUUGUUCCUUCCUUCCUUCCUUCUUUCCUUUCUUUAUUUCUUUCUUUCUUUAUGUCUUUUCUUUCCCCUUUCUUUCUUCCUUUCUUCCUUCUUUCCUUUCUUUCUUUCUUUCUUUCCCCUUUCUUCCCUCCUUCCUUCCUUCUUUCCUUUCUUUCUUUAUUUCUUUCUAUCUUUAUUUCUGCCACCUUUUUCUUUUUUCUUUCUUUCUUUCUUUCUUUCUUUCUUCAUCCUUCCUCAGUCAUUUCCUUUUUUCUUUUUUCCUCUAUUCCUUUUGAGCAUCACUUUUUCUUUUCUUUUCUUUUUUUCUUUCCCUAUCCUCUUUCAGUUUUAAUCUCUCAGUCUUUUCCCAACAUUAUUUUCUGA